GCUCGCGGAUGAAGGAUUUGUCGUCCAUUGAUGGCGAGAACUCGGCGGAAGGAGUGAAUUCAAAUUGUCACAGCAAUUAGUAUUCGGCCCAGGAUGCGAGCGGCGCCGCGCUGCGUGUGAUCGGCGGUGAUGCCCCCGCGGAGGCCUUCAGUGCCGUAGCUGACGCGGCCCCCGAGUCCAUUUUCUCGCACGGACGUUGUGGAGUGCAGAUCUAGGCUGAAAUGUCAUCGUCUUCGGCACCGCCCCCGGGGGCGGGAGGCGCGCGACGCGGCCGAGGUGGUCAGCCCAAGCAGCACAUUUCGUCCAUCCUCUCAAAGCUGCACGGCGCCUUUUCGGACGCGGUCACGGGGUCAGGGGGGCCACCACACCGACUCGCCACCGACAAACGCACCCUCGACAAGACCUGGAAGCUGAUGGACAAGGUGGUCAAGCUGUGUCAGCAGCAGAAGAUGAACCUGAAGAACUCGCCACCCUUCAUCCUAGACAUUCUGCCGGACACGUAUCAGAAACUCCGGUUAAUCUACUCAAAAUACGAAGACAAAAUGCACGUUCUACACGCCAAUGAGCACUUCAGCGUCUUCAUAUGCAACCUGAUGCGGAAGUGCAAGCAGGCUGUGAAGUUAUUCAAAGAGGGCAAGGAGAAAAUGUUUGACGAGAACAGCCACUACAGGCGCAACCUAACCAAACUGAGUCUCGUCUUCAGCCACAUGCUCUCUGAGCUCAAAGCCAUCUUCCCCAAUGGCCUCUUUGCUGGUGAUCAGUUCCGCAUUACCAAGUGUGAUGCAGCUGAUUUUUGGAGAAACAACUUUGGCAAUAGCACGUUGGUACCAUGGAAACAUUUUCGAGCAACGCUGAAUGAGGUGCACCCCAUCAGCUCAGGGCUAGAGGCGAUGGCGCUCAAAUCGACCAUCGAUCUCACUUGCAAUGACCACAUUUCAAAUUUUGAAUUUGAUGUGUUCACCAGGUUAUUCCAACCGUGGACGACGCUGCUACGCAACUGGCAAAUCCUGGCGGUGACCCACCCUGGCUACGUGGCCUUUCUAACUUAUGAUGAGGUUAAGGCGCGUCUGCAGAGGUACAUCAACAAGCCCGGCAGCUACGUCUUUCGGCUGAGCUGCACUCGACUAGGGCAGUGGGCCAUUGGCUACGUCACCGCCGACGGCGACAUCCUGCAGACCAUUCCACAAAACAAAUCACUCUGCCAGGCGCUACUCGACGGCUACAGAGAGGGAUUCUACCUGUACCCUGACGGACGCAACGCAAACCCCGACCUAUCCUGGGCUGUGCAACCGACCCCUGAGGACCACAUAAAGGUGACCCAGGAGCAAUAUGAGUUGUAUUGUGAGAUGGGCUCGACGUUCCAAUUAUGCAAGAUCUGCGCGGAGAACGAUAAGGAUGUGAGGAUAGAGCCGUGCGGACACUUGCUUUGCACCCCCUGCCUCACCUGCUGGCAGGACUCGGAAGGCCAGGGCUGUCCAUUUUGCAGGGCAGAGAUCAAGGGUACGGAGCAGAUCGUGGUGGACCCGUUCGACCCGAAGCGACACAACCGCGCCUCCUCCACAGGCAACCUCGUCGACCUUGAUGAAGACGACGAGGAUUUGGAGACGUGGAGUUUGAGUAGUCCCAGCCUGCAAGCGCUAGCCCUCUCACCCAGAACAGAAACACCUUCUACUGAUCAUAAGAACGAGACGAGUCCACUUCAAUCCCCAGUCGAAUCACCGACGCACCCAGUGGCCAAACGACCCGUGCCGCCUCCACCUCUACCCCCUCGCCGAAAUUCUCCCACUCAUGGUGCUGUUAGCCUAAUCACAAGUAAUUCGAGCAACGCCCUGUCGCUGCCUCUGGAUAACGCAGCGCCGACUCCGGAGCAGCGCGGCGCCAGCGGAAGCAUAGAGGAGGCGGCCGCGUCGAAAAAGCCGCCGCCGCCAGCCAUCCCAGCAACACCACCGGCGGGCAAGCCGGCCGCCCCCGCACCGAUCCCGACGCCGCGGCCGCGCACGCCGCAGCCCAACAACUCUACCUCGGGGGCGCCGUCGGCGGCGGCCCCCGUGCCCCUCUCGCGGCGGGUGCGCUCCUGUUCGAACGAGCAUUUGGCGUCUUCGACGGCGGCGGCUGCUGCUGCGGCGGCUGCUGCGUCGCCGAAGAGCAACAACUCGUCCGAGAGCGAUUCCUACGAGCACCUGGCCGUGGCCGCCGAGCACGUGAACCAACUCAUCUCGGAGGGCUACGCCGAGGAGGCGGUGGUGCGCGCGCUCGGCAUUUCCAAGAACGACCUCGCCAUGGCCGGCAACAUUCUGCACCAAUUCGCAACCAAGCACCCUUGAAAACAAAUCCGAAGAGCGAGUACAAACUUUUCUCGGCACACAAGCCACUUUCAUCUCUCAUUAUAUUAGCGAGCGAUCGAAUUUCGACCAUGUUCUGCACUCAUUUUCACAGCCACACAGUGUUGCAAUUCAUUCUUCAUGAGCAUUACGAUCAUUCCAAGACUUGAAACUAUUCAAUAGGUGAUGCCCUUUUGCAAUCAAUACAAUAGCACUCGGGAUUAUUUAGUAUUGCAGGCAUGCAAAUUUUAAACUUUGAUUUGCCGCUGGCGAGAUUUGGUAUCACAGAAACGAUACAACGUAAUUUUAGAAAAAUCUAUAUUAUUUUAACUAGGAUCGACUUUCGAAAUACGAGAAUCAAAUAUAAUAUUAAUAAUUGAGCUCUAUAUUUGACGGACGUUUUGGUUGCAACAUUUUGUGCACUGUUGUGAGCGAUUUUAACGUUGUGUUGCAUUUUUAUUUAUUUGCUUCCUUGGCGUGAUCUUUACUUUUAUUAACUUAUUUUGCGCUUGAGACUUCUGGUCAUUUAAUUUAAUCUCUAUUAUUAUAGAUAUAGAUUUAAAAUCUACAUCAAACCAAUAAUCGCUGUGUUAAGUUUAAACGAAUGAAAGGCAAUCACCAAACUGAAGACCAAGUUAGCCAAGUGGGUUGCGCGUGCGAACGACUUUGAGUUUUGAAUACCCUUCGGCUUGUGCGUAUUUAUACAGUGCCGCUCGGUGCGGCGCAGAGACUAAAAAAAGUGAAGCAAGCCACGGAAAUAACUAAGGACGAGGAGAAAAAGCAAAUAAAAGUAUAUUUUGUCUGUCUGCGUGUAAAAGAGAGCCUAAAACUAAAAGUGAACAAGGUUUCAAAAGAGAUGCAUUUUGAAUUGCUGGUAAAAGAAGAAAUUUGUUCAUUUCUUCCACUAGGGUUAUUAGGUAUGUAAUUAUAAUUACUGAUGCCGCAAAUACACUAUUAAUAUAAUUGUACUGCGCAUAAUGAAGAUAAAAAUAUAUUUAUUCUCUCUAUUGAUGUCAUUUGAGAAAGAAACAGUUAAAAACGAUCAAAUCAGCUUUGAAAA